AUGGGCUUCUUCGACCACCUCCAAAAAGGAGGGGCCUUCUCCCUCCAACCCAAAAAGCCCCAGGUUCGCAAAGUCGUCCAGGCUCGACCACCAGCUACUGCCUCGCGAUCGACGCUCUCCACUCCCGACGCCCGCCCUCUCCGCCCGCAGCCUUCAUCUGACCGCAGCCGCAACGUCUCCGCGGUCAAGUCGCGGUCAGUCUCGAGUGACGCAGACGCUCGCCCCGCGAAGCAACGCCUGAGCACCCCAUCUCGCAUCCGUAAGCGGCCCACGCCCGAAACACGGCUCUCAAGCGACGACGAUGUCAGCGACAGCGAUACCUCGUUCGAAGUGGGCAAGCGCGCGCGCACGAGCGCCAGCGCGGAACCCGAUCCCGACAGGCGUCUUCGCUCGGUGAAGGCUUUUUCGGAGGAAGGAGCGAGGCCAUUCAAGAUGGUGCACGCUGCUGAUAUCACCUCGGAACAGAAGGCCGGCAAAUUCAAACCGGGCUUUGGGGCCGAGGGUAAGCCGACCGAGGUUCUUCUGCAGUAUCCCAGUGCGUCGCAGAAGGAAAGAUAUGACUUGGUGGUGCCUCGAGAAAACGACGGCUUUCGGCCGAUUGACGACAUCGUGCAGGUGAUCGAAACGGUGUCUGACAAUUAUAUUCCGGAGGAGGACUUAGAAGAGUUCAAUAACGAGACAACGGGCAUCAGGCGACGACUGCGCCGGGCUUUGGCUGUCGUGUCAGAGAGCCAGUUUACAGAUGCGGUCAACGAUUACAAUGAAACCAUUGAACGGUUGAGGACCAACGGCAGUCUGGCGAAGCGUCUUGACGCGACACACCGUAUGGGACUCCCUUGGGUGGAGCGGAUGUUGACGCAAAUCUAUGCGCGCACCGUUUCUCCCCGCGUCGAGUCUCUGCGUCAAUAUGAGAACGGCACGGACAACGUCUACGGAGAACUCCUGCCUCGAUUCAUCAGCAACAUCUUUAAGGAGACCAAACUGAAGUCCGGCCAGGUGUUCGUCGACUUGGGAUCUGGCGUGGGCAACGUGGUCCUCCAGGCCGCGCUCGAGAUCGGCUGCGAGAGCUGGGGCUGCGAGAUGAUGUCUAACGCGUGCGAUCUGGCAGACCUGCAGCAGGCCGAAUUCAAGGCCCGAUGCCGGCUGUGGGGUCUUGCGCCGGGCAAGACGCAUCUCGUUCGCGGCGAUUUCCUCGAGCAGCAGAGCAUUGUCGAUGUCCUGAAACGCGCGGAUGUGAUCCUCAUCAACAACCAGGCCUUUACGCCGCAGUUGAACAACGAGCUGAUCAAUCAUUUUCUGGACAUGAAGGAGGGCUGCAAGAUUGUCUCGCUCAAGUCGUUCGUCCCCGCUGGCCAUAAGAUCCAGUCGCGAAAUCUCAACUCUCCGAUCAAUCUGUUGAAGGUCCAGCAGAAGAACUAUUGGUCGAAUAGCGUCAGCUGGACUGACGUUGGUGGUACCUAUUUCAUCGCCACUAAAGAUAGUGCACGGCUGAAGGCCUUUACGGAACAUUCCCUUUGA